AGUUUUCCCUCUGAAAACCCGUGAAAAACCAGACAAUCAGAAUCACAGGAUAAUCAUCAAAGAGCAACAUCUGUACAGGGCAAACAAAUGAUAAUUGCGUGCCAAAGUAGUGCUUAAGUGACCAAUUUGAAUGCUCUCCAUUCCUCUCCUUCGUAAACUCAUCAAUUGAUGAUUUUCAUCUAACUGUGCAAAUUCCAUCUUUCACGCUAUCAAUUGAUCCAUCGCCCAGCAUCGAUCAUGAAUGACUGCAAUGUGGGAUCGGCGAGUUUUCUCCACUUGGGUGACGUUGUCUCCCUCUAUGCCGAGGGCAGUGUUUGUGGAUUUCUCAGCACUUUGGGUCUCGUGGACGAUCGCACGGUUGUGUGUCCGGAAGCGGGUGAUUUGAACUAUCCGCCAAAGAAAUUUCGCGAUUGUCUGCUCAAAAUAUGCCCCAUGAAUCGCUAUUCGGCCCAGAAGCAAUUCUGGAGUACGGCUAAACAGAGUAGCUCAAAUACCGAUACCAAUUUGCUCAAGAGACUCCAUCAUGCGGCUGAAAUUGAGAAGAAGCAGAAUGAGACGGAGAAUAAGAAGCUCCUGGGAACUGUUGUUCAGUAUGGAAGUGUUAUACAGCUGCUCCAUCUUAAAUCCAAUAAAUACCUGACGGUUAACAAGAGACUUCCGUCUUUGCUGGAGAAGAAUGCCAUGAGGGUGUAUCUGGAUGCCAAUGGGAAUGAGGGAUCUUGGUUCUAUAUCAUGCCAUUCUAUAAACUGAGAUCCAGUGGGGAUAAUGUUGUUGUUGGGGAUAAAGUUAUUCUAAAUCCCGUGAAUGCUGAUCAGCAGAAUUUACACGUGGCAGCUAAUUAUGAACUUCCGGACAAUCCGGGAUGCAAGGAAGUCAAUGUUCUCAAUUCCUCAACUUCCUGGAAGAUCACACUGUUCAUGGAACAUAAAGAGAAUCAGGAGGAUAUCCUCAAAGGAGGCGAUGUUAUUCGGCUUUUCCAUGCCGAGCAGGAAAAAUUCCUGACCAUGGAUGAGUACAGGAAGCAGCAACAUGUGUUCCUGAGGACAACUGGGAGGACUAGUGCCACGGCGGCCACGAGUAGCAAAGCUCUGUGGGAGGUGGAAGUGGUUCAGCAUGAUUCCUGUCGCGGAGGUGCUGGCCACUGGAAUAGUCUCUACAGGUUUAAGCAUCUGGCCACAGGAUGCUACCUGGGCGCCGAGGCGGAUCCUGACUAUCAGGCUGACAAUGAUGGGGACAGCACCAAGGUCUGCUACUAUCGCCUGGUGUCUGUUCCCUUCUCCUCAGAUAUUGCAUCAGUGUUCGAAUUGGACGCCACCACAAUGACCAGAGCAGACAGCCUUGUGCCCCAAUCCAGCUACGUCCGGAUGCAUCAUCUGUGCACAAAUACCUGGGUUCAUGCGACAUCCGUGCCAAUUGACAUUGACGAUGACAAGCCUGUCAUGUCCAAAGUUGGCUGUUCGCCCAUCAAAGAGGACAAGGAGGCUUUUGCUCUGAUUCCCGUGUCUCCGGUGGAAGUGCGUGAUCUGGACUUUGCCAAUGAUGCCUGCAAAGUCCUAGCGUUGAUGAAUACUCGCCUGGAAACUGGGAAUAUCUCCCACAAUGAACGUCGUUCACUGAUUUCUCUGCUGCAGGAUAUUGUCUACUUCAUAGCAGGAUUGGAGAAUGAACAGAACAAAUCCGAAGCCCUAGAGCUGAGGAUCAACAAUCCCAAUCGUGAUAGGCAAAAACUCCUUCGGGAACAGUAUAUCCUGAAGCAGUUAUUUGAGCUGCUGCAUCGUCCCUUUCAGGAUAUUCCUGGAUCGGAUGGUCCAUUUUUGCGACUGGAUGAACUCAGUGAUCCCAAGAAUUCUCCCUACAAGUACAUCUUUAGGCUCUGCUAUCGCAUCCUGCGACUGAGUCAACAGGACUAUCGGAAAAAUCAGGAGUACAUUGCUAAACACUUUGGUCUCAUGCAGAAGCAAAUUGGCUAUGAUAUUUUGGCUGAGGAUACAAUAACGGCACUCCUGCACAACAAUCGGAAGUUGCUGGAGAAACACAUCACAGCGGCGGAAAUUGAGACUUUUGUGGGGCUCGUGAGGAAGAAUAUGCGGAAUUGGGAAUCGAGAUUUCUGGACUAUCUGUCAGAUUUGUGCGUUUCCAAUAAAAAAGCCAUUGCAGUGACGCAGGAAUUGAUCUGCAAGAGUGUUCUGAGUGCAAAGAAUUCUGACAUUCUCAUUGAUACGCAAAUCAGGGAGAAAUCCGUGAAGAUUGUGGAGGAGGAUACAGAAACACUGACAGUGGAUGAUUCAGGGAAGAAUCUCCAGAUUGCCGUGCCUCAGAUGAAGGAAUACGUCAAAGGAUCUGAAGUUUACCUCAAAUGGCACAAUGGAGCCAAAGCCAUGGCUGAUCUUGCGACUGGACUCAAGCAACCACGAAGGGAAGACGCCGCCAUCUUGGAUUACUAUCGUCAUCAGUUGAAUCUGUUCUCAAACAUGUGCCUCAAUCGCCAAUACCUCGCUCUCAACAAUCUCUCUCCUCAUCUGGACAUCGAUCUGAUCCUCAAGUGCAUGUCGGAUGAAAUGGUGCCAUACGAACUCAGAGCAUCCUUCUGCAGACUCAUGCUGCAUUUGCAUGUCGAUAGGGAUCCCCAGGAGCCAGUAACUCCAGUCAAAUAUGCUCGACUGUGGUCGGAAAUCCCGUCGAAAAUGUCCAUAUACGACUACGAUUGCAAGAAACAUCCGGAUUGCAAUAAGGAAGCCGUCCGGGCGAGAUUCAACACGACCAUUGCCUUCGUGGAGAACUACUUGUGCAAUGUAGCGGCCAAGAUGUGGCUCUUUGCUGAUCAGGAUCAGAACAAAUUGACCUUCGAGGUGGUCAAACUGGCCAGAGAUCUCAUCUACUUUGGCUUCUACAGCUUCAGCGAUCUUCUACGGCUCACCAAAACCUUGCUGAGCAUCCUGGAUUGUGUGUCAGAGUCCGAUGUUGUCGAUGGAGGUCUGCCCACGGGGGAAAUUGAUUCCGAGGGCGGAGUCCUUCGCUCCAUCGGCGAUAUGGGAGCUGUGAUGACAUCCCUGACACUCGGUCCAAUCGGAACAGCCAUGGUGUCACCGGCAAUUUCUGUGCAACAACGAAAAUCCGUGACGCAGCUGAUGAAGGAGUAUCCAUUGGUUAUGGAUACCAAGCUGAAGAUUAUUGAGAUUUUGCAAUUUAUUCUCGAUGUUAGGCUUGAUUAUCGGAUUAGUUGUCUUUUGUCGAUUUUCAAGAGGGAAUUCGAUGAGACGGAUUAUGUGAGUCAGGAUCAGGUGACGAUGAGGCAGAAGAAUAUUGAUUUGGAGUCUAUUGGGAGUCAGGCUGAGGGGAUUUUUGGAUGCAAUGAGGAAUCAGCUAGUUUGGAUUUGGAUGGUCAGGGUGGAAGGACUUUUCUGAGGGUUCUGCUGCACUUGAUCAUGCAUGACUAUCCUCCGUUGGUUUCUGGUGCUUUGCAUUUGUUGUUUCGGCAUUUUAGUCAGCGUCAGGAGGUUCUUCAGGCCUUUAGGCAGGUUCAGUUGUUGGUGUCGGAUUCCGAUGUUGAGUCGUACAAGCAGAUUAAGUCGGAUUUGGAUGUUUUGAGGCAGAGUGUGGAGAAAUCGGAGCUGUGGGUAUAUAAAUCCAAGACAAUGGAUGAUCAUUUGGUGGUGACGUCGGGGAAGAAGUCAAAGACGGCUGAGGAGGAGUCGGGGGAGAAGAGUUUACUGGUGCAUGAAGUUGGUGAUGCAGGGAAUCAAUCACAGGAGAAUUUCGACGAUGGACCUCCGUUGACGUCUGAACAGGCGUUGGAGUACAAGAAGAUUCAGCAGAUCCUCAUCCGGAUGAAUAAACUCUGCACAACUGUUGGUCCGGGAGACUUCGUUAAGCCACGAAAGCAUGAGCAGAGACUUCUGAGGAAUGUUGGAGUGCACAAUAUUGUGUUGGAUUUGCUACAAGUGCCAUACGACGAGAAGGAUGAUUGCAGAAUGAUGGAACUUAUGAGGCUGGCGCAUAAGUUUCUGCAGAACUUCUGCCUGGGGAAUCAGCAGAAUCAGGUCCUGCUGAAUAAGCAUCUGGACCUGUUUCUCAAUCCUGGAAUCCUCGAAGCUGAAACAGUCUGCGGGAUUUUCAAGGAUAAUCUUGGGCUGUGCAAUGAGGUCAAUGAAAAAGUUGUCCAACACUUUGUGCACUGCAUUGAGAUUCAUGGAAGGCACGUGGAGUACCUGAAGUUCCUCCAGACCAUCGUUAAGGCGGAGAAUCAAUUCAUCCGGAAGUGUCAGGAUAUGGUGAUGCAGGAACUGAUAAAUGCCGGAGAAGAUGUUCUCGUCUUCUACAAUGACAAGGUCUCCUUCAAUCAAUUUGUCGAAAUGAUGCGACGCUACAGAAGAGGAGAACUCCUGGACACGAGUCCACUCGAGUAUCAUGUGGAACUGGUCAAAUUGCUGGCAUGUUGUACAAUGGGCAAGAAUGUCUACACAGAAAUCAAAUGCAACAGCCUCCUAGCGCUAGAUGACAUCGUGGCAAUGAUUUCGCAUCCGGACUGUGUUCCGGAAGUCAAGGAGGCCUAUGUGGACUUUCUCAAUCACUGCUAUAUCGAUACGGAAGUGGAAAUGAAGGAGAUCUACUCGUCGAAUCAUAUGUGGAGCUUGUUCGAAAAGUCCUUCCUCAUUGACAUUGGCCGGGUGAUUAAUGAUGGCCCCACGCCCAGUCGAACCCUCGAAAACUACGUCAUCAAUGGCAUUAUGAAUAUCCUAACAACUUUCUUCAAUAGUCCCUUCUCCGAUCAGAGCACAACUGUCCAAACGCGUCAGAACAUCUUCAUUCAGUUGCUGCAAAAUGCUGUUCGGAUGUCAGAGUGCAAAUGGCUGACGCCAGCGCAGAAAUUCAGCGUGGAAAAUUGCAUAAGGACCCUAGCGGAGAUUGCAAAGAGUCGUGGCAUCGCUAUCUCAAUGCAUCUGGAGAGUCAACUGGUGACAAUGUUCCACAAAACUUCCAUUCUCACCAGGCAGACCAGUAAAUGGCUCCUAGCUUCCAAGCAGACAAAGAUCGAACGCAGCAGCUCGCAGUUGAUGCGUCUGGACAGGAGUAUCAUCGAAGGGCUGCAGGAUAUCGUGUCACUGCUCGAGGAUCAACUGAAACCACUCGUAGAAGCAGAACUCUCUCUCCUCGUGGACAUUCUCUAUCGCUCAGAACUACUCUUUCCCGUUGGCACAGAGUCCCGGAAGCGAUGCGAAAGUGGAGGCUUUAUUCGCAGGUUGAUCAAGCACACGGAAAAACUCUUGGAGGAGAAGGAAGAGAAAUUGUGUGUUAAGGUUCUGAGGACUCUUAGGGAAAUGAUGGCAAUUGAUGUGGACUAUGGGGAAAAGGGAGAUACACUCAGGAGUUCUCUGCUGACGAGAUACUUUGGGAAGAAUUUCUCAGUGAAGGCAGCAGAAGAUGGAGAACAGAAGAAAAUCAUCCCAGUAGCGCCAGUAACUCACGGACCUGGAGCGAAAUAUCUGAUGAGAGCCAAUUGCACGCUGCAUGAGGUGCAGAGUCACCUAGACAAAGAGGGUGCAUCGGAUUUAGUGGUAGAACUCGUGAUAAAAUCCGUGCAUUCACCCUCAAUUUUCGUGGAGGCCGUAGAACUGGGCAUUGCCCUGCUGGAAGGUGGAAAUCCCAUCAUCCAGAAGGGUAUGUACAGCAAAUUCCUCAGCGGUGAUCUCAAUCAGGCCUUCUUUAAGGUCUUCUAUGACAAAAUGCGAGAUGCUCAGCAGGAGAUUAAGAGCACAGUUACAGUGAACACCAUGGACAUUGCGGCCAAAGUACAUGAGACUAAGCAGGAUUUCAAGGAUCUUGAGAAGAUUUCCAGGAAGCAGGGGAAGACAAAUGGGAUAAUAAUCACAGAGGAAUUGAGAGAGGAGCUCAAUAAUGCGGGAUUAGCAACAGCAAGAGCCUAUGCCAGUGCAAGGAGUUUGUCUCCUGGCGAAGAUAAUUCAAUGGUGAAUAUAGGGAGUGCCCUUGAGGAUAUGCUGGCUGAGAAGAUGGAGAAGCACAGAGAUAAAGAUGAUAGAAAUAAAUUGUCUUCGAAGGUUCUGGUGAUGCAGCCAAUUCUGCGAUUUUUGCAACUUCUAUGUGAGAAUCACAAUCCAGAUUUGCAGAAUUUGCUGCGAAAUCAGAACAACAAGACCAACUACAAUCUCGUGUCGGAGACUCUGAUGUUCCUGGACUGUAUUUGUGGGUCCACGACUGGAGGAUUGGGUCUUUUGGGGUUGUACAUUAAUGAGAACAAUGUGGCUUUGAUUAAUCAAACCCUGGAAACCCUCACGGAAUACUGCCAAGGUCCUUGUCAUGAGAAUCAAAAUUGUAUAGCUACGCAUGAAUCAAAUGGUCUAGACAUCAUAACAGCCUUGAUUCUCAACGAUAUUAAUCCCCUGGGGAAGAAUCGGAUGGAUCUUGUGCUGGAACUGAAGAAUAAUGCAUCGAAGCUUCUGUUGGCAAUCAUGGAGAGUCGGGGGGAUAGUGAGAAUGCCGAGAGGAUACUGUACAAUAUGAAUCCAAAGCAAUUGAUUGAUGUAGCCUGUAGGGCUUUUCAUCAGGAAGAACUUCUGGAUGACAAUGACAAUGAGGACUUCAAUCAGGAUGACGAUACGGGAGUUUCACCGAAAGAAGUUGGUCACAACAUUUACAUUUUGUGCCACCAGCUGGCGCAACACAAUAAGGAAUUGGCAGCCCUGCUGAAACCUACUGAUCCCGUUGGUACCAAUGAUUCAAAGACAAAUCAGGCUCUGCUGUUCUAUGCAACUCAUACGGCUCAGAUUGAAAUUGUUCGGCACGAUCGAACCCUGGAGCAGAUUGUCUUUCCCAUUCCGGAGAUCUGCGAAUAUCUCACGCAUGAUACGAAAACCAAGAUCCUUCAUACGGCCGAAAGGGAUGAUCAGGGAUCCAAAGUGGCGGACUUCUUCGACAGGACCGAACAUAUGUUCAACGAAAUGAAGUGGCAGAAAAAACUCCGAGGACAGCCGGCACUCUUCUGGGUUAGCAACUAUAUGUCCCUCUGGAGUAAUAUCCUGUUCAACUGCGUUGUCCUUAUUAACGUUAUCGUAGCAUUUUUUCAUCCCUUCGACAACAAAGUUCCUGAACUCAUGGGACAUCUUUCACUUCUCAUCUGGACUAUAAUGUUGGGAUCUCUGGCAAUUGUCAUCACAGUUCCUCGGGAAACGGGCAUUAGAACGCUCGUUGCGUCAAUUAUCCUGCGGUUCAUCUUCUCAGUCGGACCCCAAUCAACUCUCUGGCUUCUGGGAUCGGUAACAGUGCUCAUGAAGGGUGUCCAUAUAGUCAGCAUCAUGGGCAAUCAUGGAACACUCGAGAAGCACAUACUAAAGAUCAUCACAGAUGCCGAACUGAUCUAUCACUUUGGCUACUUGAUGCUAUGCGUCUGCGGUAUUCUACUUCAUCCUUUCUUUUACUCGAUUCUUCUCUUUGAUGUGGUUUACCGUGAGGAGACUUUGCUCAAUGUAAUCCGUUCUGUCACAAGAAACGGUCGCUCAAUCAUCUUAACAGCAGUCCUGGCUCUCAUCCUCGUCUACAUGUUCUCCAUCAUCGGCUAUAUUUUCUUCCAGGAUGAUUUUCUCGUACCGGUGGACGACGAAUUCGUGGAAGAGGCGUCAGAGCCGCUCAAGAGUCAUAUGAUUCCCACUUCGGAAGAUAUGCAGCAGUGCGAAUGUUCGGCCAAGACGAAGAUCAUCGUGACUGAGGGAGAUGGUGAGAGGAAGGAGAGAGCAUGUGAUUCUUUAAUCAUGUGCAUUGUUACGACGCUCAAUCAAGGCCUGAGGAACGGCGGUGGAAUUGGAGAUAUCCUAAGAGCACCGAGUAGUCAAGAGGCUCUCUUUGUAGCUCGUGUCAUUUACGAUCUCCUGUUCUUCUUCAUUGUCAUCAUUAUCGUGCUGAACUUGAUAUUCGGUGUGAUCAUUGACACCUUUGCCGAUCUGAGGAGUGAGAAGCAACAAAAGGAGUUGAUCCUGAAGAAUACCUGCUUCAUCUGUGGCCUCAAUCGGUCGGCUUUCGAUAAUAAAACCGUGAGCUUUGAGGAGCAUAUCAAGUGUGAGCACAACAUGUGGCACUAUCUCUACUUCAUUGUCCUGGUCAAAGUCAAAGAUCCCACGGAAUUUACCGGCCCCGAGAGCUAUGUGCAUGCAAUGGUGAAAGCCAGCGUGCUAGAUUGGUUCCCGAGGCUGCGUGCCAUGUCUCUAGCGGCAAUUGAUGGAGAAGGGGAGCAGAUUGAGCUUAGGAGUCUCCAGGCGACGCUUGAAGGUACGCAGAUGCUGAUCAGUAGCCUGUCGCAGCAGCUGAUGGAGUUGAAGGAUCAGAUGACGGAGCAGCGGAAGCAGAAACAGAGACUGGGUUUGCUCAAUCCCACAACUUCGGCCUCCUAUCAGCUCAGUCAAGCUGGCCUUGGAGGUGGCAACUGAAAAUUCCCACCAUCUUGCGGAGGACAAUCAAAUGGACAUACAAAGACUCCGUGUCACCCCAAACCUCUCAAUUAAGGAAAAAAAAAGCAUUUCAGUGUGAUAAUGUGUCUGAGAGAGAAACGAAUCUCUUAUCCGGAAUUUUCUCAAAAAAAAAAAGAAUUUUUGCAUCUUUGCAACAAUCUCCAACGAAGUGCACAUAUUUGUUAGCCAUCUUAAGCGUUUAUAUUAUUAUUAUCGUGUUAUCUUAAUUCUUAGGUGAUAAAUUGUUCUCAUUGUUGUAACUUACAGAAAUAUUAGUCCGUCGCUGUUUUAGGUGAGAAUGCACUCGAAAAGCUUCACGCACCACAUUUACUUAAUUUUUAGUCAGGAGGACUCUUCUCAAGUCCAUGUAGGGUAGGGUUUACAUUAGCUUGCCAAUGUUAUGGAAUUGAAGAGUUUUACUUCGUUGUCAUCUUGUACUUGAUCAGAGUUUAAUAAAUGUUCCAUCCCAAAGUAA